AUGGUGGCAACAGUAAAAUGGGUGACAUCAAACAGAACUGUCUGGAAGCAUCUAUUUCCAAUCCAAAAUGGAACUUCAUCAAGUGCUUGUUGUAAGUCUACAUAUUCUUCUCUUCCAGAUGACUACAACUGCAAAGUAGAACUCCCUUUGACAGGCAACUGCAGGACAAGUGUGCCACCACCCUCUGUGGACAUCCCCUAG